UCCAAAUUCACCACCAAAUCUCGAGUCAAACUGCGACCAGAGCACCUGCGCGCGGGCGAGUGCGCGGCUGCCCAAGCCUCCUCCGGGUUCCGUUCCGACCUGCGAAACUUCCAAUUCCUCCUCCUCCUCCUCCUCCUCGUCCCCUCCGCGCCGUGCGUGCAUCGACGGAAGCGUCCAAACUCCACAGGCCACAGGGAUCUCGAUCGACACGCGGCGAUCAGGCCCCGCCCCCCUUCCAGAUCCCGAUCCCCCCGGACCCCUCGCCGCGGCCGAUGCGACCCACGGCGCCGCCCCCGCGCCGCCGGAUCGGACGACGAGCCGGCUGACGCCUGCCUCCUGCUCCCGCGACGCGCCCGGAAUUUCGCCCCGAAUUCGAUGGGCUCCUUCGGAUUCGCCGCGCUCGCGGUGCUCCUCCUAGCCUUCGCCCUGCUCCCGGACCCUGCGGCGGCGGCUAGGGUUUUGCAGGGCAAGAGGCCCGGCUCCGGCGAGGGAGCCCCUGCACCUACCCUCGCUACAGGUGGAUCUGAAAAGAGUGCCACCUCCAAACAACUUGAUCAAUCAUCAACCCCUGUGCAGCACCCUGAGACUGAUAAACAGCACCAGAAAACACCACAGGUGGAAACACCGCCACAGCCAGAAACCACGCAAACGCCACCACCGCCGGAAACGACACAAACACCAAAGGAUUCUCCACCGCCACCAUCAGGUGUGCCAGAGAAUAAGGGGCAGGAAGGGGGUGAAGCUCAGGUCUCUGCGCAGCCGGUGCCAUCGAAGAAUGAGCGCAGCGAGAGCCCCCCUCCCGGAACUCCUAAAUCAACUGGCGGGACAGGACAUGAAGGGGGAGGAAGUUCAGGAAACAAGAAGCCUGCAGAUGAAUCAAAAGAGGGGGCUGAGAAGUGUGAGGAUCCAGCAGACACAUGUUUGAUUAAAGGGGAAUUGUUUGCUUGCCUUCAGGUGUCUAAGACAGCUUCAAUUGGACAAUUUUUUAUAGUCCAGAAUACUGGCCAGAAAAAAGUAACUGUUGACGUCAAAGCAACAUCAGAUAUAAGUAUCAAGCAGACAUUGGUACCUCUCAGCAAGGGUGAAUCUAAAAGGGUUAGCAUAAUCUAUAACGGUCCAAAUGGUGGAGAGGUUACACUAAACGUUGGGACUGAGCAUUGUGUCUUGCACACCAGGCAGCCAGUUUAUGAUUGGCAACAACAAUUUCAGCAGCUUACAGCUUAUGCAACGACCGUGAAGCCAAUCUAUGGAGCCUAUUUUGGUGUUUUCACGCUUGUCUUGGUUGGGGCCGUGUUUGCUUGUUGCAAGUUUGCAGGGGCAAAGCGCGAUGGUGGGGUCCCAUAUCAGCAGCUUGAGAUGGGAUCUCGGGCUCCGGACUCAUCAGGUGUAAACAACACUACAAGCACAGGAGAUGGUUGGGAAGAUGGCUGGGAUGAUGACUGGGAUGACGAUGAAGCACCUGCAAAACCUUCAGAAAAAGGAUCUGCUGGAAGCAUAUCGGCAAAUGGCCUUUCUUUGAGAUCUCCGACCAAUAGCAAGGACGGAUGGGAUGUAGAUUGGGAUGACUAAGCUACAACAAAAUGUUGAAGGCCCUGUCCGUUCUUGUGAAACGAGAGAAGAUAAGUUCAUCUGAAUGGCUCGCAGCAAAUGCAGUAUCCAAACCUUAACCCGAAACUUGAUGGAUCCAUGCUUGGCAAGGUGACUCUUAUCCUGGAAAACCACAGGCUUGCUUGUAUUAAUACGGUUUGUACAAUAGUGUUCCACUGGUAAUUUCGUUUACGAGCUGCUGCACGAACUAGUGGUACAAAUUGUGCUUUUUUUUUUGGCUGUAAUACUAUAGCAUUAGUUACAUGACCACGCACACCCUCGCUAUUCUUUCGAAGAGGUACACCAUUCUUUUUCCCAUGUCAGUUUUGCUGUUGAACAGUACCCUCCUGAAUUUGGAACCUCAUCGUGUUAUGUGUUCCAUUUACUCGCUCUGUGCAGUGCAUUCUGUACAUGCUUGGUAGACCUUUGUGCUGAAAA